CGCUGCCGCUAUUUGCAUUCUUGUUGGUCCUUCUCUUGUUCCAGCAUAACUCGAAUAGCGGAGGAGGUGCCUGCCCGCCGGUGGUGGGUUUUCCCUAGGUCUUCGCAGUGGUGGAGGGUCUUCGUGAACUGGGUCUGGCAGGACGAGCAUUGGAUUCUGAAUUUCAGGAUGUCGAGGGCUACAUUCCAGUGGCUGGUGGACGAGCUUCGUGAGCAACUCACAAGAUCGGACACGGAUAUGCGCACAGCAGUAUCAGUGGAGGAACGUGUCGCGGUGGCAUUGUGGUGGUUUGCAAACACUACCAACUACCGCUUGGUUGGCAAUCAGUUUGGUCUCGCACGUUCGACAGUGGCAGGCAUUGUUGCAGAGGUGGCACUUGCAAUGGAGCUAAAGCUGCUGAAGAAAAUGGUGCAUUUGGGACCACAUGAACAGAUUAUUGCUGGGUUUGCAGCCAUGGGAUUCCCGCAAGCCGUUGGGGCCGUGGAUGGAUGUCAUGUGGCGAUACGGGCCCCCCCGGGGCAGGCGAAUGAAUAUAUCAACAGGAAGAAGUUCUAUUCGGUACUGCUGCAGGGCACCGUUGACCAUCGCGGACGAUUCACUGACGUUGUGAUUGGGCACAGCGGGAAAAAUCACGAUGCUCACGUUCUGCGUUGCUCUAACCUUAUAGACCUAAUGGAUGCGGGGGUUUGGGUGCGAGGAAACCCCACAAUCACCAUAAACGGUGUACAUGUGCCUCCUGUCAUUCUUGCGGACUCUGCAUAUCCUUUAAGACGCUGGCUGAUGACACCAUAUGGUGGCCAUGUAGGCCCACAAGAGCUUCGUUUCAACACUGUGCACAGUCGUUGUCGCAACGUGGUGGAAAGGGCGUUUGGUCGUCUAAAGGCGCGUUGGAGAUGCAUUGGGACUCUUCUACCAGUGCAGCAGGAGAACAUUAAUUCAGUUAUAGCCGCAUGCGUCAUCUUACACAACCUGUGUGAGGAACGUGGGCACGCUGCACCUGACGAAUCGGUGAACUCAAAUAACAGCACUGUGGCCAAUGACGAGGUGGAGCCUGACCCACCGCUCGAUGAUGAAAGACAGCUGCAGGAGGGAAGGCGGGUCAGAGCUGCCAUAACAACACUGAUUUGGGAACGUCGUGGACGACGGAGAUAAUGUACACCUCACCACCUAUGUGCCUACCUACAUGCUGCUGAUUCCAAAUGAGCACUGAUAUAACCUUUGCGGAGAGGGAGGGAGUGAGGGAGUGAGUUGCAUCCUUUGUUUACUUGUUGUGCAUGCUGUUAUAGCUGAGGGUGUCCCUACCUUAACUAUUAAUGUACAACAGCUGUACAGCUGAUGUUGCCUACUUUGGAAAUACAUAAAGGAAAACAAUAUCUCAGGAUUUCAACAAUAACAACACUUUAUC